AUGGCUUCGACUCCCAUCGCCGUUCGCGCAGCGCACUUCCUCGGUCUUGCGGGGGCAGCAUGGCUUUCAGGAAAUAUCGCUGCCUUGAGUAUGAAUGCCGUACCUGGAUUAGUUCGGUCGCGAGAUGAACAUAACGCAACCUCCAAACUUAUCGUCAGGCAGUGGAAGAAUGUGUAUGAGGCUGGCAAAACGCAGAAUCCACCGGUGGCGAUAGUGGUAGCUGCCUCAUUCAUCUACAGUGCCUGGUCAGUGAACUCUAGACCCCCACUGUUUCAGCAAACUGCCUACAGCCGCAUUGGCCUCUUCUCAGUUGCCGCUAUUUUGACAUUGAGCAUUGUGCCAUAUACCUUGAUUGCCAUGUCUAGCACCAACAAUGCCCUUCUCAGAUUGGCGGCCUCAAAGGAGGAGCUCCUGGACCGCGACAGUGAGCAGGCUAAAUACCUACUCGAAAAAUGGAAAAAGUUGAACUCAUUCAGGAGUCUUCUCCCACUUGCUGGGGCAAUGGUUGGUAUGGUUGCACUAGCUCUUUGA